GGCACCGGGGGGAACCGCUGCCCGGGCCGCCCGCCCUCCGUACAGGCCGCCUCCCUUCCCGGCCCGGGGAGGAAACGAUAGGGGGGAUGUGAACAGCUGUGGGAGUACGAGUCUCGGGAGCCGGAGCGGGCCCCCGCCCAGGCCCCCCAGCCCAGCCCAGCCUGCGCGCCCGCUGGUCCUCCCGCCCAGCCAGCCCGGGCCCGCGGGAUUGUUAGAUGGAACACGGCUCCAUCAUCACCCAGGCGCGGAGGGAAGACGCCCUGGUGCUCACCAAGCAAGCCCUGGUCUCCAAGUCCUCUCCUAAGAAGCCACGUGGACGUAACAUCUUCAAGGCCCUUUUCUGCUGUUUUCGCGCCCAGCAUGUUGGCCAGUCAAGCUCCUGCACUGAGCUCGCUGCGUACAAGGAGGAAGCCAACACCAUCGCGAAGUCGGACCUGCUCCAGUGUCUCCAGUACCAGUUUUAUCAGAUCCCAGGGACCUGCCUGCUCCCAGAGGUGACAGAGGAAGAUCAAGGAAGGAUCUGUGUGGUCAUUGACCUGGAUGAAACCCUUGUGCAUAGCUCCUUUAAGCCAAUCAACAAUGCUGACUUCAUAGUGCCUGUAGAGAUCGAGGGGACCACCCACCAGGUGUACGUGCUCAAGAGGCCUUAUGUGGAUGAGUUCCUGAGACGAAUGGGGGAACUCUUUGAAUGUGUUCUCUUCACUGCCAGCCUGGCCAAGUAUGCCGACCCUGUAACGGACCUGCUGGACCGCUGUGGGGUGUUCAGGGCCCGCCUGUUCCGCGAGUCCUGUGUGUUCCACCAGGGCUGCUACGUCAAGGACCUCAGCCGCCUGGGGAGGGAUCUGAGGAAAACCCUCAUCCUAGACAACUCUCCUGCUUCUUACAUCUUCCACCCAGAGAACGCAGUGCCGGUGCAGUCCUGGUUUGAUGAUAUGGCAGAUACCGAGUUGCUGAACCUGAUCCCAAUCUUUGAGGAGUUGAGUGGAGCAGAAGAUGUCUACACCAGCCUUGGGCAGCUGCGGGCCCCUUAGCCCUCCCUGCUCCCAAGCAGUGGCCACCCCGCAGGGGACUUUCCCACACUGUGCCUUCAUGACGAUCCUGACAUGCAGAGUGGAAGCCGGAGCACCUCAUCAAGUGGGGCCUAGGAAUAGCAAGAAGUGACGAAAGAGCGAGGUGCCAGGCAGGCAGACGUCAGACCAGCGAAGCCCGGAGCUUCCUGCUCCCUGAGUUCAGUUCUCGAGAGGUGUGUGUGUGUGUGUGUGUGUGUGUGUGAGUGUGUGGAGGGCAGGCGGUGUCGUGAGUGUGUGUGUGGCCGUGAACUGUGGCCCCGGAGGGAGAGAAACUGAAAGACCAAGACUCUUCCCAAGUUAAUUGCUUUCCUGUCACCCUAGGAGCCACUGAGCUCUGUAGGAACGAAGACUAUCGAAGGCUCCAUUGCCAAACCACGGCCUUUCCUCGGCGUUGUAAGGCCUUUGCCAAGGGGAAAGGAAGGGUCAGAGGCUGCCUUCGGAUGCCGCAGGCACACAUCUUCUGAAACCUUUCUCCAGCCAGCUGCUGCAGACAAAAAACAAAACACAAACAGAAAAUGUUUCUGGGGAGUUGAGAACUUGUUUCCAGAACCAGUACCCAGGUGGCCAUCAGGUCCUGUGGACCGAGGGCUGCACUUGCCUCCAGCCAAGUGCCUGGCAUGGGCCCUUUCUGUGUCUUCCGAGGCUUGCGUGCUGGGCCUGCCUUCCUCCACUGCUAGCCAUAGUCUUGAAUCCGUGGGGAAGGAGGCCUUCUCCCUGCCCUGGAAGAGGACAGAUAACUGAUUUCCGUUCUUUUGACUCUUUUAAAAUUCUUUCUAAAUACGGAGUGUCGAGCCUAGUUUGUUUCUGACAAAGCUGCAGUCCUGGGCCGGAGAUGAAUGUGGGAGGCGCUGGGGCGCAGGGAAGAAAUAAAUCCCCAAAUCGUGAACGUGGAUUUCCCCGUGGCAUAGGUCAGUGGAGCUCUUGGCUGUUUCCACACGUCUACGCUUCAGGGGUUCCCUGCUGGUGCUGGUGCAAGGACUUGUUCCCAAGGCUGGGAAGAGCUCUCAGCUGCCCCUGCCCCUCUGUUCCUACGGCAGGGCUCUUUCCUGUUGUGUUUUAUCUAGGGGUCUGUCCUGUGCUGAGCUGUCUGUCCCAGCCUUCGUCCUUGCUGGCUGUCGCUUUUCCUUUCCAGAGCCUCAGAACUCCUGCCUUUCCUGGGCUGAGGGAUUGGGUUGCCAACCCGUCACACACGCCUCCUGCCUGGUCCCCGGUGUGAGUGUGCCCCUGUGCUCUGGUUGUCUCUUGCUUUCAAAAGGGUCUUAAAUAGUGAAUGCUUUAAAAAAUGUCACAAAUGGAAGUUUUCCCAAGGUGGGAAACAAAAGGGGAAGUGCUGCUGUCAUUGGAGCACAAGGGGCCCCCCAAAAGGGAGCCCCCCCCUCAGCAUCACUGCCUUAAUCGUGGCCUCCCUCGGGGCUGGGUGGGGUUCUCUCCAGUCUUCCCUCCCUCUUCCUGGAAUAAGGAAGUUCCUCCCCAUCUCUGUUUUCCCUGGAGGCAGGUGUCACAAAGCAUUUGUGAAUUGCGUCAGGUGCGGGGACACCGCCCACUCAGGACUCAUCCCCAUCAUCCUUUUCCACACACUAAGUCAGGCCUCAGGAACUAACCAGUUUGGAGACCAUGGUGGACCACCAGCUCGGUGUGUGGCCAGCUAGCACGUUGCAGCACUGGGGUGCCACUUCCCUCCUGCCAAGGCCAUAAGGUCUCGUC